AUAUAGUGUUCUGACUGUCUGGAAGAGAACUUGUUUAUAAAUUGUUUACGGAUUUUUGUUAUAUUUAUUUAUGGUUUAUUGAUCUUUCGGAAGUAAUUUCCUGUCGAGAUUACGUGACAAGCUAACGAGUGGAAAAAAACUUGAAAAGAAAGAAGGAGGAAGAAAUCAAGAAACCUGCAUGUUCCAAAUCAUUCUUCUCAUCUAUAUUUCCGGCGUUUCGGCGUUAGAAAAACUAUAUACAAUUCCAGAAAAUAGCCAACCAAUUAAACUAGUGAAUUUAAAUGAACUGAUUGAACCUUUUAGAAGAUUUUCAGAAGAUGAAUUAAAAAGUGUAAAAUUUUCCAUUCUAAAUAGUAAGGAUGGGGCAAGAUAUAAAAAUAUGUUUGAGGUCAAAGGUCGAGAGUUAUGGUCCAGUGAUAUAGAUAGAGAAUCAAUAGAGGACUGCGUAAAUCAAGAGUUUUGUUAUCUGAAGUUUGAUUUAAAGGGCAGCGAUGGUAAAACAGCUGAUAUCGCUUCGAUACGGAUACAAAUUUUGGACGAAAACGAUAAUAUUCCAAAAUUUAACGGCUUUCGAUCUGAAAAUUAUGACCUUAGCAUAUCAGAAGGACAACCAGUCUCUGAAGCGUUAAACUUACCCUAUUAUGCAGUUGAUAAGGAUAGCCCCGAAAACGGUAUUGAUUAUUAUACCCUUAGCGGUUCUGAUAAAUUCGAAUUGGUAAAUGGAAAAUUACAACUCUUAUCUAAAUUGGAUAGGGAAAGAGAGGCAAUCCAUCAUAUUGUUGUUAAGGCUAUCGAUAAGGGCACACCGUCCCUAACUGGAACUCUUUUAAUCAGGGUAUUAGUAACGGAUUACAACGACAACGCCCCGAAAUUUGAGAAGGAAACUUACGAGGUGAGCGUCUACGAGGAUGAAGUACCCGGUAGCGUAAUACAGCUCAUUAAAGCUACCGACAAAGACGAGGGGAAAAAUGCAAUAGUCAGUUACUCCAUAGAUCUUUCGCAAUCUGACGAAGAAGUUGAUGAAACGUUUCGAAUUAAUAAUAAGACAGGAGAACUAAUCCUUACAAGUCUGUUGGAUUACGAUGAGAGUAAGAGGAACUACAGGAUAAUGGUUACCGCCCAGGAUAAUGGAGCUGAUUCACUCAAGAGUCAGGCUCUUGUCAACGUUAAAAUAUUAAACGUCAAUGAUAAUAAACAUAAAAUCUCUGUCAUAAAAGAAUUCAGAAUCGUUGAGGAACAAGAUGAAGAUACAGAAGCGGGAGAAAUCUAUGUUCACGAUAAGGAUAUAAACGAUGGAAGUUUUAAUUGCCUCAUAAAUGAUACAAUCAACUUCCACCUUGUACCAUAUAGCAUAUCCGGCUACUAUCGUCUACUUUCUGCUAAAGUCUUUGAUAGAGAAGAAAAAUCGGAAUUUCCGAUUAAUCUAACAUGUUUCGAUUCAGAGAAUUUACCCGAAUCUUUAAUUACUAUAGUUAAAGUACUCGAUUUCAACGAUCACGCACCAAAAUUUAAUCAGACUUUCUACGAAUUUACUAUAAAAGAGAAUGAUCCGAAUCCUCUUGGCUUGUAUUCUGUAUUCGCUACAGAUGCCGAUGAAGGUUCCAAUGCAAUUAUCUCUUAUUCAGUAUCCGGAACAGAUCUAGUUUAUGUGCAUUCAACUACUGGACAACUCUUUCUUAAAAGCUCAUUGGAUUUCGAACAAAUUCAAACUCUUGAGUUUAAAAUUGAAGCAAGGGAUCACGGUUCUAUUCCAAUGGCUUCUCAAGUUCCGGUUUCUAUACAGAUAACGGACUUGAAUGAUGAAAGACCGGUGUUUGUCAAAGAUGUCUUUGAGAUGCAUGUAUUGGAAGAAUCGUCCCCCACUGAGUAUGUUGGCAAGGUUCUAGCAGUUGAUAGAGAUCAAAGAGAAGAGUUUAGGCGCCAUACGUACGAACUCCUCGGAUCAACAGACCUAUUUACAAUCGAUGAAGUUGGCAGAAUUUAUACAAAGAGAACGUUUGAUAGAGAAAUUCAAGACCUUUACGAAUUCAAGGUUAAGGCCACUGGCGUAAAAGAUCCUUCUUCUACUUCUACUGCUUUAGUUAGCAUUAGUAUAGAGGAUAUUAAUGAUCACAAGCCCAUAAUUGACUUUCCAAAUCCCUCAAACAGCACUAUUACUGUUAAAUCGAAUUUAGGGAAAGAUCGAAUAUUUGGCAGAAUAUUGGCAAGGGAUAGCGAUAUUGGAGUGAAUGGGGCAUUAGUAUAUGAAAUUAUAGCCGGAAAUGAGGACGAUAUGUUUUACGUUCAUGGAACAACUGGUACUAUAGCUGUCAACGAUGACUUAAGAGGAAUUAGGCAGUUGAAGUACCUUCUUAAAGUUAGAGUAACCGAUUCCGGCUCGGAACGAAAAUUUGCUACAUCCAACCUUACAAUUAUCGUUUUACGAUCGAUUGGCGACGGAAGUUCUGCUGGCGGUGACCCUUCUUUCAAUCUCAUGAUAGUAGUUGCCCUCUCCUCCGUAACAUUACUCAUUGUAGUGGUUCUUUUGUUCGCCAUCUUUCUAGUAAGAAGGAGACAACGACUCUUAGAAGAACAAGCUGCUAAAGAUCGGAAGGAAAACGUCCUCGAACUGGAGAAAGUGGAAAUUCACGCCAGAGUUGAAGAUGGAAAGAUAAAAGCUGAUACUCAAUUUCGGCCUCUUUCUUCUUUUUAUCAAGUAGCCGAUCAUAAUCCUCCUAGGCCUAUUAGACCUCAAGCGGAUUCCGAAGUAAAACGAUUAAUGGAAUUGUUAAGGAGUGAAAGGGAUUGUGAAUCGUUAUCAAAUAGCGAUAGCGGAAAAGGGUCUAGUGAACACGGUGAUAACGAUCGACCUCCCACCAAGGGCCGAACGUUCAACGAUUUAACAAAAGAUAGAUUCCUUUCGACAGCAACAGCUAAAAUCAGGAGAUCUUUCGAUUCUGACGAUGGCUCAACAACUACUUCUGGUAGUUACGUAAUGGACUGUAGUUUUAGAGAGUCAUUCAGAGACUCUACUGUUUGAAUAGAGCUCUCUUAAUCUAUAUAGACACUUUUUUAAAAUGUCAAAAAGAUAAUUGUUUAUUUGUUUGUUUGUUUUUUCUCUUUUUUUACUUCUUCUUUUACAAAUUUUUUGUUUAUUCAUGGAAUUGUUAAUAGAAAUUUUGUAUAGUACCAUUGGAAUACUCAGAAAAUGUUCUCAUUUCUUUUCAUGCUUUUCUUUUAUUUUUACAGGCAAAAAAUUAAAAGAAAAACUAAUUUAAAUAAAG